CCCUCUUUUGCGUAAUCGUCACCCCACCGCCGCACCGAACGUCUGCACUCUGCAGUCGAUCCGUCUACUCCGAUUUGUAUUUACUAUUCAUUAAUUAUUUGGUUUUGGUGACAUUCCUAGUUUGUACUUUGUAGUUACUGUAUACUUACUACUAUAGUACUAUAGUAGUAUAGUAUAGUUUAGUUUAGUACGUCAGAGUCUCAGAGUCAGACGUCAGUACGGUAGUGGCCGUCGAGGCGGUUUGUCUGUCGUUUCUUUCCUCCCGACAAUCGGUUGUGCGUGUCGUCUACCAACACUCGCUGGUUUGAAUUAAUACCAAAAAUAGACGUGCGCGAUCGAUUAUUAUUAUUUAUUAUAAUAUGCAGUGUGGCGGACGAUCCGAAAUGUGUCGGAUACAGCGAAAUUAACCUGCGUUUAGACCUUGAACGGUUGUGCGUAUUUUUAUUGUUAUCAUCGCACUUAAUAAUUCGAUUAAACCCGUCACAAAUAAUAAUAACUACAUAUUUACUCGGCCGUUCCAUACCAUAUAUAAUACUAUAAUAGUUUGAGUGAUUCUCCGGAUAUUUAUGGGAUGUAAUUCGAGCAAAAGUACGUCUAAAGCUGUACACAAAAAAAAAAAUCUACCCAUCAUGAGCUUCCUACCGUCCAGCAAUGCUAAUCAAUACCAAAAAAAGCAGAUACCAGCAACCAAAGGAUUAGCAUCAUCUUUUGGGUUCAAAAAGACAACACAAACCAAUAAGAUCAGACCAAUAUCAGCUCCUAUUCAAUUUGUUGAAAAGUUAAACAAUUUUGAAUCUAAAAUGUUACCCAAAACAAUGUCAACACCUACAGAAAAAUGUUCAAGAAGUAUACCUAAAAGUAAUACACCUUCUCCCAACAGGUUUGGAUUCUGUAAACCAGUAACAAAACUUGUUCAACCCACAAGACAAGUAACAACAAAAAAAGUAGAAGUCGAAAGAAGAAGUCAAUCUGAACCACAAAAAAGGGAAAUUCCUAAACUUUUAUCUACUGGAACAAAAAUUGCUGUAUCCAGAGUUACCUCUAGUCAUUUGCCUAGGCCUCAAAUACCAAUCAGAUAUCAAGUAUCCAAAAGUCCUGAUAAAAAUGCCAAAACAGCUACUAACAUGAGACUCAAGAAUGAAGCAAUUAAACAAAUGCAACAAGGAGUAACCAUUCGCAAGUUAACUGACUCUGUCGAAUUUACAGAAGUAAUUGCUUUUAAUAGACCAUCGAGGCUAACAAUAAAUUCAAAUGCUAAAGGUUCUUUAAUUAGAGAACGGACUAAUAAAUAUUUAAGACAAGUGUCAAGUUCAUCUUCCAAACAUUUGACAUCAUCUGAUGAUGAUUCAGAUUUAAGCAGUUAUGAAGAGAAACAUGACAAAGAAGAGUUUAUAAAAGAAAAGACUGAACAAUUUGAUAAAAAAGAUACUACAUGUAGUGAUGAAGAAUAUGGACCUGGUGAAGCAUUAGCAGUAGAAGAAUUCACAGAAAUGAAAGAUAAAAUAAAUGUCAUUGAUAAUAAAUUUGCCAAUGUUGAUAUGUCUGUAUCAUUACGUGAUGUAUUAUUAAAUAUCGAAGACCCAACUUUUGCCACAUUAGCUGCUAUGUCUUCUACAGUAAGAAUUGAGGAUGAAACAUCACCAGAUGAUGAAUGCUUAAGUCCCACUGAAUCUGAGUCAGCUGAAUUUCCACAUAGUAAAACAGAAUCUACAAAUAAUGAUAAACGUGAUUCUAUGUCACCAAUUAUGCGAUGUAAUAUCUCCAAAUCUGGUUCAUUUUCAUCUGACACCAGAGAUUUUUUCGAUGAUGAGAUAGCUGAUCAACCAGCACUAAUGUUUAGUGGGCCUCCAUCAGAGUCUUGCAAUGCAGAAGAUAUUGAUGAUGCUAUAUUUCGACUUGGAAACCAUUCCAGUUGUAACAAAAAAUCCAAAUCCUUGAGAAGAUCACUAAGUGCUGAUGGGUCCUUAAGUGACAGUCUCAACUCUGACGACCUGAUGCUUGAUGUAGACUAUGAUCAAACUGAUGAUAAACUGGCCGAUCCCGAUAAUGAAGACCUAAUGAAAACAUUAGAGUGUACCAAACAAAACACAUUUAAUGAAUGGAAAUCUUUGUCGUCUCCAAGAAACAGUAGUAGUUCACUCAAAGACGAUAUAGUUCCAGUCAAAGAUGAAACGGAAUCCAAAGGCAGCAAUGGGGAUGUAUUAAUGAGCUUCGAUCGGUUUCGAGAGGUAACAGACGACAUAGCGAGUAUCAAGAACAUGCUAUUCGAACUAAACCGUGCUCUAAUAGAGGACAAGCAAGACAUGACCUACCCAGAAGACCAGGAAGUUCAUUGCUGUUACGAGAAUCAAAUCUUGGAUUUGAAACAACAGAUAACUUAUAUGGCACAACAAAUGGAACAGAAGGAUCGUACUAUUCAAAUGCUCAACGAACAGAUAGCUCAACGACCACGGCCAUCAAUAACAACAAUAGAAACCCGAAAUGCUGCCACUCAAACAGACAGAUGUCGGUCGACCACAGCUCCAACGUUAUGCACAUUCGAUAGAGAAGGACAAGCAAAUGGUCGUCCUGUAAUAAGAUGUAGUGACAUGACAGAGAGAUCCAAGUCUGUGUCGGGCAAUCGCAUACGUAUUGGCAUGCUAAAGCACAAAUUUCUAAUGGACGCAGGACGUACGUUGCCAAACGUUUGAUUUCUUCCAUACGUUCUCUUCAAUCAGUAUUAACAAAAACAUUCCAUGUUUAAUGUUCCAUUAUUAGUUAAAUUUAAAACAAAUAUUUAAAUUACCAUUUAUUUUUUACAAUUUACAAGUUUGUCCACAUGUAAUAUACAAGUUUUGUUUCCAAAUGUACAAUUUAUGUUCUUUAUAUAAUAUAUAUAUAUAUUAUUUAUUUA